AUGCUUCACCUCUUCAGGGAUUGUAUUGAGUUUUUUGAUCCAGACGCAGUUGGCUGGAAAAUGUUAAGUGCUUUUGAAAAUGUAGGAUUGAGUGAUUAUACUCGAAAUGGAUAUCUUCAACUUUGCCAGCAAACAUUUUCAUUCUUACGCGAAAGACUUCAAGAGGAAAUCACGGUCAGCGUCGAUCAGCAAGCGAUAGAAUACGCCCUAAACACUGCAGCAGUCAGGGGAGAUGUUGUCAGUAUGGAUUUAAUCUUCGAGUUUGACCCCCAGAAAGUGAUUUACAGCGACUCCCUUGAAAGAGGGCGUCCCGUUCUGGAAGAAUUCCCCCACUGGCUAGCUUUACAAUUUCUUGCCGAGAAAGGGAUCGAUAUUCGAACCAGUCUCCACGGAGAAACGCCUACGUCGAGAUGUUUGGAAUUUUCUGAUCAAUUUUUUCACUGGCGUCACGACGCAAGAAUACUUUUUCCGAACAUCGACCGACUUAUCGAACGCGAAACUUCGGAACUCGCACCACGUCUACGAGGCUGGUGUUUUGAUCUCUUACUUGACCUCUUUUCACUAGAUCUACACGAACCCCUCAAAGACCAGAAAUAUCUUCAGGAACUUAUUUAUUUCGCCGAUGGUGAUAUGAUGAAGUGUCUAGAAUGUCGGAAUAACAGAGAAAUCGAUUUCUUCCAUGGAAAUUAUGAUGGCUUGAUGAUAGAGCCGUGGUGGGUAGAGUUGAAAAACUCGAUCAAAAACCGCGAGUGUCUCUGUUUAAUUGAUGACGUGGUGCAAGAUGGCCGGGAUGGAAACAAUAUUAUACACAAAUCAUGUCGCAUCGAAGACAUCGACUCAGACAGCGGCUCCCAAGCUAGUCACUCUUUUGGGAAAUGGGAGUACUCUUCGGAUACACAGCCAAAGCAGACACAGCCAAAGCAGACACAGCCAAAGCAGACACAGCCAAAGCAGACACAGCCAAAGCAGACACAGCCAAAGCAGACACAAGAUACGGGAUCGCAAGUCAAUUCCGAUACGAAUGACGAUCCUCUUCAAGACUCGGCCAGUGACAUGGACGUGUCCAAUAACCUUAUCAGAGGAGCCAGUCCUCCAGAUCAACGCUGCUUUAUUCAUCGGUGGGGUGACGUUAUCCCCUUUCAAUAUUGGGCGGAGCAUUGUUACAAGAAAUACGGGGGGUGGAUGCAUGAGUACGAGCGAUGUGAAUACUACUGCUUUUAUUGCUUAGCAUUGAGGGAAUGCUGGGAUGAGGAAUAUGAAGAGGUCUGUGAUUAUUUUCAGGCGCCUUCUAAAGAAGGGGAAAGGGGUGGAUCCGAUUUGGAUGAGCCCGACUCGGAUGAAUCUGCCAGUGAUUAA